UGAUGGCAACUCUUCUACUGGUACUACCAUUUGAGAACCAGUGGUCUUGAAAAUUGAUGUCUGGAUGGAUGUCAAUUUUCUUUAAAAAAGCUACUAUUUUUAAUAGUAUUGUGCUUACUAAUUCAGUUAUAAGUUUUGCAUGUAUAAUACAGUGUUGACUACAUCAGGGGUGGCGAAACAGUACAGUACAUAUAAUGCAAUUUUGACAUCUCAUAAAUCAAGUUUCACUAACACACACACACGCUCUCUUUCACACUCACACGCACGCACACACACUUCCCACCUGCUUUCUGCCGCUCCCUGCUCACUCUCCUCGCAGACAUCCAAAAUGGCGGCAGCCUCAUCCAUCCAGCCGCCGAGCUUCCACUCCUCUCUAGUCCCGGAGAGUGCACUUUCUCCGGCGAUGAACAGCCCCGAGAGCCAACAGCCGGAGGACGAAGAGGUGGCGGCGGCGGCAGCAGCGGCGACAGCGCAGCCCUCGGAGCCAUGGACAAGCCUCCGUGACUUGCCGGAGCUGGAGCCGGAGGAGAUAGAGAAGAGGCUCGCCAAAACUCGCCAGGAGCUGAGCAACAGGAGGAAAAUCCUCAUUAAGAACCUCCCGCCCGACACAACUAACCAGGAGGUCCAUGAAAUCCUAAAAGAGUAUGAACUGAAAUACUGCUUUGUUGAUCGCAAUAAAGGCACAGCCUUUGUGACUUUGCUGAACGGGGACCAGGCUCAGGAUGCCAUCCGCUCCCUCCACCACAGCACUGUCCGGGGACGCCUGAUCAGUGUCACCCUGCAGCCUACAGACUCCCUGCUCUGCCUCACCAACCUGCCCCACACCUUCACUUCCCAGCAGUUUGAGGAGCUGGUACGUUCCUAUGGAAACAUCGAGCGCUCCUUUCUGGUGUAUAGCGACCUGACUGGCCACUCCAAAGGCUAUGGAUUUGUUGAGUACAUGAAGAAAGACUCUGCUUCCCGGGCCCGUUCUGAGUUGCUGGGACGACCACUGGGGGAUCGCUCAUUGAUGGUGCAAUGGAUGGAUGUCAACCAGCUGAGUCAGGAAGAGAACCUGCAUUCCAAAUGCGUGUGUGUGGACCGCUUGCCUCUGGACCUCUGUGACUCAGAAGAAAUGACCCAAAUCUUCUCAGAAACCUACAAACCCGUAUUCUGCCAGCUUGCUCAGGAUGAGGGCAGUCCGGUGCGAGGCUUCGGUGUGGUGGAGUACGAGAGUGCAGAGCAAGCAGAGUCGGUGAUGAUAGAGAUGGACAGAAAACUGGUGGGAGGACAGGAGGUCCGUCUGUCACUCUGUACCCCUGGCACCUCAGGGAGAAGUACCCUGGCCGCACUUAUCGCCGCGCAGGGAAUGAUGCUCAGUAACAGGAAGGGGCUGCUACCAGAGCCGAACCUAGCUCAGCUGUUGACCAGUAUGGCAAAUCCUGCAGCCUUGCAAAUCCUCAUGAGACCUUAUCACACUGGGAAAAGAGGAGGGAAGUACGGCCGUCACACCAAUCUGCCAUUCCUCAGACCUCCGCUCACCACGGCUCUUCUUACGCUUGGAAAAGCACAUCAGAGGGCCAUGCUUGGCAAUGGGCUAGUUCUUCAGAACCUCUUGCACAUGCAGCUCGCUCAGCAGCAGCUAUUGCACAUCAAGGACAAGUGCAUCAGCAGCGCCUCCAGCCUGCUGGGAGAUCCAUCAAGGUUGCUGAUGCAGAAAACAUUACCUCUGCGACCUCCAGGCCUAGUAACACUUGGCAAAGGCCUCCUGGGAGACUCUCCCUCAGAAUUAGGCCAGGAGUCUGUGCCAGCAUCAACUCACAAUGCCACAGUGGUGGUGUCAGCCGCAGGUGUGAUGUCCUAUCUCCAACCUCGAGCUGAUGGAGGAAAACAAAAUGCCAUCCAGUCUAUCUGCACAACUCCAGCUUCCUCUUCGUCCUCCGCCACCUCUUCUUCCUCCUCCAGCUCUGGUGAUAGGCAGCCUGUCCCUGCAGGGAGUGUACUUCAGGGACAUAACUACUCUUUGGGAUUCAGUAACUCAGGCCUGGGUACAGCUCCACCUAAACCCCCAGGAGGAGUUUAUACAUCCAUGGGGCAUCACAGCAGUUCAGAUGGCUCCCCACUGGCUAGCCUGGUAAGCAAUGGUCAGAGUUCUCUGCUUGGAGAUCCCCCUAAAGAUGUCAGACUGCCCUCUAAUCCUUACCUUAAUCUGGCCAGUGUGAUGCCAGGGGUGGUUCUGCAAGGGUCUCUGGGCAGUAAACCCCAGGGAGGGCAGUCUGGCUCCGCCAUGUACAGCAACACAUCGGCCCCCAUUGUCUCCCAGGGUAGCAGCUCCUUUUCCCACAAUGCAGCCGCUCACACCACAGCCCCGUACAGCACUGAUGCUUCCACUGACUACAGCCAGUACAACCAGGCAUACACACAGGAAGCCAUGCAGCAGUGGUACCAGCACUACCAAACAGCACAAGGAUACAGCUCUGCUACGCCACAGGAAAACACAGCCACUGAUUACAACAAGGACCACACACAGGUUCCACCAGUUUCCAACUAUGGCGAUUACAGUUCCUAUAUGCAGACAGUCACUCAGUACUACUCCCAGUCCACAGCUGCGCAGGCCUAUGCCAGCAAGGAAGUCGAUGUAUAUAAGUCCCUAGGCGUCUCCCUGCAUGCUGUCAACAAUGGCGUGGCUCCUCCCCCGGCUGUCCUACCACCUGCUACCAUGCUGCCAGCCUACAGCACCCUGCCUCUAAUGCCCGGCUUCAUUGGUGCACCACACCCAGCAGCGGCCACGUCAAGUCCUGUCACGCACCCGCACGCAACCGCCACAGACUGGAACACCUACUAUUAUAAUCAGACACGGGGCCAUAAGAGGGAGUACCCCCAGUUGGCAGUGCAGGACGUGACAUCAUCAGAUGGUGGCUACAUUGGGCAACACUCCCAAGGCCUUGGGGGGCAGUAUGCUGACUAUUUCAAGAGAAAGAGGCUCUAGAAUGAAGCAAACCGCCUUCAAUCUGAAGGAAGACUUUCACUGGGGAGGUGGUCAUAGCUCCCUCUAGUGGCUUUUUUGUGUCUGUACCAAUCUUUUAGGCGCAAUAGAGUUGAAUAUUACAGAUGGCUCAAGUAGGAGCACACCACAGUGCUGUUUUUUUUCCAAGUACUUCUAUAUAAUAUUUGCUUUUGUCGCGUUCAAGCCUUAACACUUUUCAAUGAAAUUGUUGAGGGUUUUUUUCAGUCAGAUUGUCAACUAUACAAAUAUUACCUUGUGCAAGUAUGGUAUAAUCCAGGGGUGUCCAAAGUGCAGCUCGCGGUUAAACAAGAAAACAACAGCAAAAAUGGGGGGGAAAAGCAGUCAUUUUAAAAGAAUAAAGUAUUAUUAAUAUUAUAUUAUUAUUAUCAUUAAGUAUUAGGAGAAUAAAGUCAUAAUAAUAUGAAAAAAAUAGUCAUCUUACGGGGGAAAAAAAGUCAUAAUUUUAUGAGAAUCAAGUCAUAAUAUUCUCCGGAAAAAAACUUUCAGAAGCAUAAAGUUGAAAUAUUAAAGAAAAAAGAUGUUAUUUUCUCAAGUCGGAAUAUUACUAGAAAUAAACAAAAAAUUAAUGAACUUGUAAAUUUUGGAAAAUUAGGUUGGAAAAUAGUUAUAUGAGAUUAAAGUAAAAAAAAAAAACAACAAAAAUGGAAAAAUGAGCCAAAAAAAGUGUAUUUUAAGGAGGAAAAGUUCAUAAUAAUACUGUAAUACACUUUUUCACUUAUACCACAAAGCUGAAAUGCUGGCUGUUUUUUUCUUUCAAUAUACAGAACUUCUUAGCAUACCUAUAUGGGUUGGUUUACAGAAUGUCAAACAUCAAAGUGGCCUGUCCAUCUUUUGAUUUUCCGAUGGAAAAAGUUUGGAUACCCCUGAUAAAAACCAAUAUAUAAGUAUGUACUUUAUAUGCUGUCGUCCAGUCUGCUGAAAGACUUGUCUUUCUAACAUUUUAACCUUACAGUCCAACCUGUCUUUUCCUUAUACUCCUGAUGUCCUCUUAUAUAUAGACAAUUUGAAUGUGUGUGUGUGUGUUAAUGAGUGUGCCUAUGCUGUAUCUGUAGGAAGUGUCAGCCAUUUUUAUCCCAACACUGGGAGGACAUCAGGAAACAGGGCAUGGACCAAUAAGAGCCCUGAAUUGCGUUGGCUUACAAGAGCUUCUCACCAUGAAUGAAAGCGUAGUCAGUAAGUAUACUGUACUUGUGUACUGUAUAUACUACAGUGUCAUACACGACCUACAAAGCCAUGUGUAACAGACACUAUAUAUGGUGUGUAUUUAUACAGUAUCUAUAAAGGACGUCACUCAGCUUGUAACACAUGGAUGAAAAUGUUUAUGUUUUAUUUCAUUUUUUGUUGUAUAUUUGUAAUCUAUUGUUACUGUAGUCCCUACAAAGUGACUCCACCUUCCACUCCCACAGCCUUUAGUCCACUUUAAUGGAACGGAAGUUUGUCUCAGUGAUCACCAUCAGAUACACAACCAAAUCAGCCAAAAGAAUCACUUAUUUUAAGAGGAUUUUUUUAAAUGUACAAAAGCCUGGUUUCACCUGUGGUCCCAUCAUAGAAUUCAUUUCAAGCUUUUGUUUGCUAAUUACAGCAUUCAGUCCUUUUGGGUUGGAGGCUCUCACUAUGGUACAUGUUGACUAGACAAAAAUGCUCCAAAUGUGUCCGAUGGCAAGAACAUCUCUUGUCAACAGCAAUCUGCAGAUCACCCCAUAGAUUUUCUAUUGGAUUUAGGUCUGGGCUCUUUCAAUGCUUUUUUAUUUGGAUGCAUGCUUCGGGCCCAUUGUCUUGCGAAAAAGGGACAUUUCUCUUAAUCUGCAGCAGACAGAGCUAAUUGAAAUGUACCAUAGUCUUAAUAUUUUGACAUCACGCAUUCUACUGUAUAGCUAUUGUAUCAGUGUUUUCCACAGGACUGCAAUCUAUUUGUGGUGUAACCAUGGAAUUUGCAUAAUUUGCAAUGACAUAUAAGUGAGUAAAAAAAACAUGAAAAGCGAAACAAUUAUGUUUACAACUUACAAAUUUACUUUCUUCUGCCGCUUAUUUCUGUUGUUUUUUUCAAUGUCAAACAAAACUUGAGCCGCCCUUUUAGGUGGGGUAGGGCGCCACGGCAGCACUUGCUGCGUGUUGUGAAGAGCCUCCUCACUUGAUUUGCCUCUAGUCGCUUUUUUGAAAAAGAGUAUCUAGAGCAGUGAUUCUCAACUGGUGGGUCAUGACCCAAAAGUGUCGUUCAUCCAACACACAGCUGCAGAUAUCUGCUAGAGAAGAGUGCAUCAUAAAGAGGGAGACAGUGUCUCACUGCUGCAGCUUAUGUUUCUCAUACCAUUUUUUUGUAAUAUUAUGUAUUUGUUCUGAUCAGAUUUGGACUUUAUUAUCAUAAUAUGAGAACUUUUACCCAACUUAAUUUUCCUAAAAUUGGAAUUUAUUUUUGUUGUUUUUUUAGUCUUUAAUAUUUCAACCUUAUGCUAUUUUUUUCUUUUAAUAUUAAGACUUUACUCCUCUAAUAGCUCAUCUUUGUUCUUGUAAAAUGACUGCUUUUUUUCCCCAUUUUUGCUGUUUUUUUUUUAAAUUUAUUUUCUUGUUUAUUCGUAUUUUUAGAAUGUGCCGAGGGCCGUUUAAAAAAGCAGUACAUUGGACAGACCUGCUUUAAAAAUAAGAUAUGUGGGUGAUCACUUCUCAUUAAGAGGUGAUGGUGUGUCCUACAGCCAAACCAGUUGAGAACCACUGGUGUAGAGGGUCUGAUUACUCGCUAAAUACUGGACAUCAACAAAGCUGCUCAGUUGGUAACACUGAUCCCUUCUGCUCUGUCUUCAUAUUCUCUUGUAGACCAGGUGCGUUAUAUUUCGUUUACGAGUGAGGGCGAACACGUAACAUCAAAUCUAUUUGUGGCAGUCCAAAUUUAUUUGGGGUGGGCGGCCACCAAUGGGAAACACUGGUAUUGAAAAAAGGAAACAUUUUGUUUGUGAUAAUCAAGCAAAUACAAAAUUAGCACUAUACAUGGUAUCGUUUCAUGAAAAAAAACCUCUGCAUCCAUAUGUAUACAAUGGUGUGAAAAAGUGUUUGACCCCUUCCUGAUUUCCUAUUUUUGCAUGUUUGUCACACGUAGAUGUUUCAGAUCAUCAAACAAAUUUAAAUAUUAGUCAAUGACAACACAACUGAACACAAAAUGCAGUUUUUAAAUAAAACAUUUUAUUAUUAAGGGAGAAAAAAAAUCCAGACCUACAUGGCCCUGUGUGAAAAAGUGAUUUCCCCGAUCCUAUGUUAAAACAUAACUUAAUUAAUUGAGAUCUGUCUGUCUGGAAAUGGUUAUGAAGCCAUUUCUAAAACUUUGGGACUCUAGCGAACCACAGUGAGAACCAUUAUCCACAAAUGGCGAAAACAAGUAACCUUCCCAGGAGUGGCCGGACAACCAAAAUGAUCCCAAGAGCACAGUGACGAUUCAUCCAAAAGGUCACAAAAGACCCCACAACAACAUCCAAAGAACUGCAGGCCUCACUUGCCUCAGUUAAGGUCAGUGUUCAUGAUUCCACCAUAAGAAAGACACUGGGCAAAACCGGCCUGCAUGGCAGAGUUCCAAGAGGAAAACCACGGCUGAUCAAAAAGAACAUUAAGGCUUGUCCCAAUUUUGCCAGAAAACAUCUUGAUGAUUCCCAAGACCUUUGGGAAAAUACUCUGUGGUCUGCCAAAAGACAACUUAAACUUUUUGGAAGGUCCCAUUACAUCUGGCCUAAAAGUCGCGCCGCAAUUCAGAAAAAGAACAUACCAACAGUAAAAUAUGGUGGUGGUAGUGUGAUGGUCUGGGGCUGUUUUGCUGCUUCAGGACCUGGAAGACUUGCUAUGAUAAAUGGCACCAUGAAUUCUGUCUAUCAAAAAAUUCUGAAGGAGAAUGUCCGGCCAUCUGUCCGGGACCUGAAACUGGGGUUUGGGACCAACUUGGGUUCUGCAGCAGGACAAUGAUCCAAAAACACACCAGCAAGUCCACCUCUGAAUGGCUGAAGACUUAGGAGUGGCAGAGUUAAAGUCCUGACCUGAAUCCUCUGGAGAUGUGGCUGAGUUACAACAAUUAAGCAAAAUUCCUCCACAGCGCUGUAAGAGACUCACUGCUAGCUAUCGCAAACGCUUGAUUGCAGUUGUUGCUGCUAAGGGUGGCCCAACCAGUUAUUAGGUUUAGGGGACAAUCACUUUUCCACAAAGGGCCAUGUGGGUCAGGAUUUUUUUUUUCUCUUGUUAAUAAUAAAAAGUUUCAUUAAAAAACUGCAUUUUGUGUUCAGUUGUGUUGUCAUUGACUAAUAAUUAAAUUUGUUUGAUGAUCUGAAACAUUUAAGUGUGACAAACAUGCAAAAAAACCCUACAGGAGGCCAUUGGUCAAAGGUCACAUCAGUAUUGUUUUUUCCAUCUUGUCUUGCAGGUACUAGACAUUUACUUUAGAAGUGUUACGACUAUGUAUUUACUGCUUACGCUAUUUACUGAUCUGUAACAUCUAAGCCAAAUGCUGGAGUGCUUUUUUCUUCCAUAGGUGUUUUUGGAGCUUCACUUGCUCUUUAUGAAGUCAUUCUACUCCAACCACUUUGUACAUACAGUACUGGGAUAGAGGUCUGUUCUUUCAUACUGCAGUUUUAAGAAGCUCAUCGUGUUCAAACUGAGGUUUAUUGGUGGACCACACAUGUUGUGUUGUGGAUAUGUGUGCAGUUGUGUGUGCAGUGACAUGUGUACCUAUGAGUGUUACGUACGUGUACACGUGUUACAUACCUGACUGUUUUACAUGGUACUUCACAACACUGAGUUGAUGUUGCUGCAAUAAGAGAGGGCGAGUGUGCUUUCUCGGACAGCCCACUGGAGUCAUCACAACCUUUCUGCACCUUAGAAUUGUCUUGUUUUUAGGCAAAAAGUAACUUCCUUCUUUUAGCAAAAGCAAAUAAGAGUUUAUGAGAAAAGCGUUUUCUGUAAGAAGUUUUUACUUUUCUUACUACUUUAGUCCACAUAACCUUUAUUGUGCAGGCUGUGAGGAAAUAAUACUUGUGUCAUGUCCGACUGUAAUUAUUCCAUGAACGAGGGCUUGCUACUUUAGUAUUACCGCUUGCUAUGUCGACCUUGGCAAUAAUGAAUACUCUUACUGCUGUACAAUGGUGAAUGUAUAAUAUUGAUUCUUUUAUAGUUGAAAUCAAUGGUUUGUUUGAAAACAUGUUUUCAGUCAAGUUCCCCCUGUGGAAUAUGUUUUUCAGAAUAUCAGAAUAGAAUAUUUAUUAUUAACCAAAACUGUGCUCAUCUGUAGUGUAUGACGGCGUAUUAGGGCCACAUAAAAAUAAAAACAAAUCUGAGAUUUUGAGAAUAAAGACUAAUUUUGAGAUUAAAGAAAAAAAGUUGUAAAUUUAUGAGAAUAAAGUCAUACAUUUACGAGAAUUAAGUCAUAAGAAAAGUCAUAAUAUUCAGAGAAUAAAUGCGUACAUUUCCGAGAAAAAGUUGUAAAUUUACAAGAACAGAUUCGUACAUUUACGAGAAAAAGUCGUAAAUUUACGAGAAUACAGUCACACAUUAACGAGAAUUAAGUCGUAAGAACAGUCAUAAUAUUACGAGAAUAAAUUUGUACAUUUCCAAGAAAAAAAGUUGUAAAUUUACAAGAAUAGAUUCGUACAUUUACGAGAAUGAAAUCAUAAGAAAAGUCCUAAUAUUACAAGAAUAAAUUUGCACAUUUAUGAGAAAAAAAAGUAAUAAAUUUACGAGAAUAAAGUCAUACAUUUACGACAAUUAAGUCGUAAGAAAAGUCAUAAUGUUACGAUAAUAAAUUUCUGAGAAAAAAAGUUGAAAAUUUACAAGAAUAAAUUCGUACAUUUACGACAAAAAAUCUUGUAAAUUUAUGGCUUCUCAUUGCCUGAGACAGCUAUGAAGGGGGGGGGGGGUUAUGUGAACUUUGGCCUUGGGCAAAGGUAAUAUUAAGGCUUUAUUCUUGUAAAUUUAUGACUUUAUUCUCCUAAAUUUAUGACUUUUAUCCUUGUAAAUUUACUACUUUUAUUCUCGGAAAUUUACAUCUUUUUUUUCAUAAAUUUAUCAUUUUUUUUCUCGUAAAUUUACGACUUCAUUCUCGGAAAUUUACAACUUUUAUUCUUGAAAUCUCAGAUUAUUUUAAUACACCGUCAUAACAGGCAUUACCUGAGACAGCUAUGAAAAGGGGGCACUUAUGGGACCUUUCGCCUUGGGCAAAGGUAAUAUUAGGACUUUAUUCUCAUAAAUUUACGAUGACUUUUUCCUCAUAAAUUUACGACAUUUAUUCCCAUAAAUUCACGUCUUUUUUUUUACUCGUAAAUUUACGACUUAUUUUCUCGUAAAAUUACGAUUUUGUUUCUUGUAAAUUUACAACUUUAUUUUCAUAAAUUUAUGAGAAUAUUACUAUACUUUAUUCUCGUAAAUUUACGACUUUAUUUUUAAAUGCAAUAUUUUUGUAGUGAGAGCAUAGAAAAAAUGUUUACGACCUUCUAAAUAUGGUUUUUAGUCACCUUUACACUGGUAUUACCCAAAAUAGUAGACACAAUCAGAAAAUAAGCCAUUUAAGACAUAAUUAAGACUGUGUUGCUAUCAAUGUGUGGAGGACAGGAAGUGCGUUUUAGCUUGGAGUGGGUUACGGCCGCAACAGUAGCCCACCUAAUGAUUAGUAUUAUUUUAUUAUUAUCAUUGUGCCUGUUAGGAGAUCAUUGAAACCUGCAAUAAAAGCCUUGCUCCGGCAAUCAAGUCUUAUGCUUGUGUGUCUCACAAAACAUUACAGUAAAUUUACUAACACCUAGUGACCAGUGUAGAAUACUACACAUAUUUGAAUGCAUCUUCUGAAUGCCUUAUAUUUGUAUUUUAGUUCAUUUAGCCAUUUUUAUGCUUGAAAAUGCUUAAUUUAGUGAAAAAAUAAGUAAAUUAUGCUUCAAUAUGAAUAUCUUUUUUUUAAACUAAUAAUAGGCUGCAUUUAACCACAACACAACAUGAUUUAUUAAUUCAUAUAUUUUUGAAAAACUGUCACAGAGUGAAGCCAUGAAUUUGAACCGCGAUAUGGCGAGGGACUACUGUAUUUCUUUUUUUCUUUCUUUCCACUGUGGCCCUAAAACUGGUUUCUAUACUCCUAUGAAUACUUUCUUACAUUUUAAGUUCUUGUUGUGCUCAUAAGUUGUCCAACUUGACUUGGUGACUGUGAGCGCCCACACUGUGAAAAGCAAUAGCAGAUGAGAUGGUUUGCAGAUACUGACGUGAGUUUUUGGGGUCCAACAGCAACAUGUGUUCCUACAUUGUUCCACUGUUCUCGUUAUUCACUUACUGUAACAUGCAGGGCGAUAAUGAUGGAAGCACUGUCAACAUUUCACUUUUAGAGCUCAUGUUAACUUCUACAUCUGUCUGUUUGGCCUUUUUGCUUGUUUGUAUUUUGUGUUGCUCUGUUGUUAUUUCAUUUACAUAUAUUUAUAUAUAAUUUUUGAUGUAUUUUUUAUGUUAAGAGGAAAAGUAAAUUCUGUACACGGUAGAAUGCCAAACAUUCAAUGUUUAACGAGUGUUAUGUCCGAACUGUGCAUGCACUAGUCUGCAGGACUGCCACUCCCUACACACAGAACACCCCGUUUUGCGCAAGGGGGCACAUUGUCGGCAAAUGCUUAAAGGAUGCACAUCGCUGUCGGAGGCAUAAAGAACCAACCAAGUCACUUAUUGCCACAGUAACUACAUUCAUCUGCUCAUCUUGUCAGUCUCUAGUGGUCGAACGGUACAAACAUUUUUUUUUACAGUAAAAAUGUCAAACUUGUAAUCAUUUGCUAUGCAAAUAUAAAAUGUGUAAUUCAAAACCUCAUGUACAAAUUUACCAAAGUUAAAUUAUUAUUCAUCAGUAUUAUUAUUUAUUAUAAUUAUUUACCUUCAAAGGUCAAGUCCCAUUUCAAAAUAAUGUUUUUGUCAAUUUAAAGAAAUCUGAAUAUAAAACACUGAAGUGUUAGGCCUGUGUAGGGAUUUCAAAGCCUCAUCAGCUGGCCACUUGAUGACACUGUUGCCUUACCCUUCCAACACUUCUUCAGCAACCUAACGGCCUGUAAUGCUUUGAUGGAUUGACUGAUGAGCUUUUGUCUAAAUCACGGCGGGUAUUAUUGAUCCUAAGUCUAGUUUUACCUGAUCAAUUUACACCAUUCAAAGACUUAAAUGCAGAGUGAAAUCUGCACUUUGGACGCACAUUUAAACGGCGCAUCUGUCCGGUUGCUUCAUCGCACCGCGCCACCUGACAUGAUGUGCCGGCAUAGACUGCAGAUACAAGGUCGUGUACUCAUUUUUGGAAUGUGGAAAGACAAACCACCAUAUUACACCACACCACUCAAUGGCCUGUAAGUCCCAUACAUACAUGUCUGUCUUAUUACCAGAGACUGGGCCUGUGAACUGCUGAGUCAGCAGACUAGAAAGUGCUUUGUGUUUUCCCUCUGCCCGCCUGUCUGAUUCCUGGUCUGGUGCCACAGUGGAGUCAUGCUGCUCUCACACCAGUCAUGCAUGAGUUAUUGAGUUAUCCCUGCAGCUUUGUCAGCCUUUUCUUUCUCUGCAUUGCCUCACUUGGUUUGUAGCCAUACCUCCCAUAUUGUUUGUGUAGCAUGUCACCCAAUAUGAACACGAGCACACACUUAAGUGACCCAAAAACCAAAUCAGUUUUAAGCGCAUUGUAAUGCCAAUGAUAUAAUAUUGAUACAAACUCCUUCAGCUGCUGUUGCUUUUGGAUCUCCCCACCCCCAUGGUUAAUUUUUUGUGUGUGUUACAUAAUACAUGAAAUGUGCUUUGCCAUAUCCUAAAUAUAUGCCACUUGCUGGAGCACAGUAAUAUUUAUGAUUAAAUAAGAAAUAGAAUGUCUGUGCUUUACGCCUUGUAAAUGGAUGGCUUUGUUUUUCUUUUGACGUGCUAUAUACGCUGUAGAUUUUUCUAUAUUUUGUACAGCAUCACGUUGCCAUGGUUUUACUGUGAAUAAGGUAUUGACUAGAGCAAUGUAGGCAUGCGUAUUUGCAGCGGUUAUGUAUCAUUUCAGUGGUUAAUAACAUUGCAUUUGGAUUGACCGAGGGAAGAAGACGACACUGAUUUGGAUUUUAUUUAUUUUUCCAUUGUAUAACUAUGGAUAUUAUCUUACAUGAGUCUAACUGUUGUCUUUUUUUUGUUUGUGUUUUUUUUUUUUUUUUUUAGUAGAAGGAAUUGUCUUUUACAUUCCUAAUUAAAAUGUGGACUGACGUUUG